AUGCGCUUCACAGAGAGCGCGCCCCACCGGCCCGCCCACUGCUUCCUCCCGCCCGCAGUGCCCGGAGCUGCGCUUUGCCCCAGAAGCACCGCUGUGCGGAGAGCCAGGAGCGGACGCCCGUGGCUGCGAGCUAGCCCAUCGGUGACAGAGGCGUCCCUGAGUUUCAGCCGAGCCAUCUGCUUCACCUCAGCCACCAUGAGCAGUCAGAAGCGCAGGUUCCAGCAGCGUGACCUGGAGAACAAUUUGAGAAUAGAGGACUUCUUUCCUCAGGUCCCAAAAGAAGAGCAGAAUGUUACCACUAUUUCUCAAAAGAAGAUAGAAUAUCAGAAAAGGGUAAGGAAUAUAAAACAUGCUCCGGAUCAAGGAUGCCAUUUUCCUAAAAAAAUUCCAGAAGACCAGAGCAUGCACCAAAAUAAGAUCAUUAACGUUAUCUUGAAAGUGAACUGCAGAAAAAACCAAGACAUGAAGCUAGUGCUCCAUCGCAGUGGGCAGGGAACCUUGCAGGAGGCGCUCAGCACCCUCGAGGCUGUCAGAGAAGAGGCGAAGUCUCAGGCCGGCAAGGAGAUGCUGGUGUGUGGUACGCAGGGAGUUGAAGGCUUCCUAAACGUCAGGAUGCCUCUCAGUUGUCUUCCUAAGGAGAGCACUGUGAAAAUUACUUUCUCCAACCAUGUAAGUGGACAGGAAAAUCAAGUGCUUGGCCGGCAAGACAGGAUGUCCACUGACUGUGUCAAAUUUUAUAUUCAUGCUGUUGGGAAAACAAAAAAAGUGAUUGUUAAAUGUGGGGAACUUCACAAAAAAGGAAACAGACUCUGUGUCUUUGGUUUCAAAGGAGAAACCAUCAAGGACGCUGUGUGCAAGGACGGCAGGUUCCUUCCUCUCCUGGAGAACAGCUCCUGGAGGCUCGUCUACAACCUGGACUCCAUCAUAGAAAGCACCCAGCUGGUGGACCAGCUCGAGGGAAAGCUCUUCCAGAUUGAAGUUGAAAGCAGGAGUGGCGCGAGCGUGGCAGCCACAGCCACGGCCAUGGCCACGGCCACGGCCACCCGGAGUACUGAGUCAGACAAAAGCAGUCUCCAUGUGUUGAAAGAAUACAUUGUGGAAGAGUAUCCCAGUUUGAAAAGAGAAAGGGAAAAAUUCAGAGAAAAUCUCAAGGAAGAAAUGAAAACAACAAAGAAAAGGAAAUCUGCACUAAUGGCACUGCACAAAACCAACUUUGGGAAACAGAUAAACAGUUCUGUUCUAGCUAAAACAGUCAAGCUCCUCUCACGAGCCUGCGAGUGUGUUGGAUACUUACGCUGGGACAAUAAUGGAAAUGUGGGCAGCGCCACCUGCUUUGUCUUCGCACAGUCUUUCGUUUUCACUUGCCAGCACGUGAUCAGGAACAUGGUGGGACCCGGAGUAGAGCCACGUUGGUGGGCAGACAUCAUUGGCCGCUGUGCGUGGGUGACAUUCAGUUAUGAAGAGUUUGAAACAAAAGACCACGACCGCUUUGACUUUGAACCUUGGUUUGAGAUAAGUGAUACAACCCUCGACUACGCUGUUCUGAAACUGAAGGAAAAUGGACGAGAAACACCUCCAGGGCUCUACAACGGAAUCGCUCUUGCACCACCUAAUGGGUUGGUUCAUAUCAUUGGCCAUCCUGAAGGAGAAAGUAAGCGCACUGACCGCUGUGUUGUAAUUCCUCAGAGUGCACGAGGUGAGACAUCUCAGAGAAAUGAUGAAGGAUCCGUGCCUGAGCCUGACUGCGGGCCUAGCUUUGUCCACAUGUACUCUCAAAACAGUUUCCAGGAAGUUCUUCACAACUCUGAUAUUAUUACCUAUGACACCACCUUUUAUUGGGGUUCUUCCGGCUCGCCAGUGUUUGAUUCCAACGGCUCUUUGGUGGCCAUGCAUACCGCGGGCUUCAUGGAUGAGUACCGAGGAAGGAGUGUGCAUGUCAUUGAAUUUGGCUCUGCCAUGCGGUCCAUCCUCUCUCACAUUGAGCACAAGCACAAAGGGUGGUAUGAACAAGUGUGUGCACCUCAGCAGGAAGUAGAAAUGUUGAGUCAAGAGUAG